AUGGCUGAAAAGAAAAUCCCAGUUGUUCUGCUGAAUUCAGGACACAAAAUGCCAGUUAUAGGCAUGGGAACUUCAGUUGAGAAUAGUCCAUCAAAUGAGACCCUUGCUUCAAUCUAUGUUGAUGCCAUUGAGGUUGAGGAAGCCAUUGGUGUAGCUGUUUCAAAAGCCAUAGACAAAGGCCUUAAAAAGAGUAGAGAAGAAGUUUUCAUCACUUCAAAGCCUUGGAACACAGAUGCACAACGUGAUCUUAUUGUCCCAGCUCUCAAGACCACAUUAAAAAAGCUGGGGAUGGAGUAUGUGGAUCUUUAUCUGAUUCAUUGGCCAGUGAGGUUGAGACAUGAUCUUGAAAAUCCAACU